AUGUCGGAACCGUUUCCGCUGCUCAACAGCCCCGCCGAGCAAUUGCACAGUCUGGAGGCAGAGGGCACGCGACGGCGCCGGAAAUCCAGCGGCCUCGGCGGCGACAUUCGCGCAGGCGACACUGGCGCCCCGGCCUUUGCCUCGAGUAAAGUCAGUCUCGACCAGACUGCCGCCUCUGCAUCCUCGUCGUCAUCUUCUUCCAACAAUGCCGGCAGCAAUUCCAAGCGACUAUCCAAGCGUCGUCGGGCGCGAGGCUUGCUAUCCCGCGUGCGCCAAACCUGCGUCAAGCACACCUGGGUUCUGCCCCUGGCCAUCCUCUGCGUCUUCCUCUCUGGCUACGCCAUCAAUCCGACCGACGCGAACCCCCUCCACAACUUCAUCUUCCUCUCGUACCCGUUGCCGCAAGAGGAUGCCUCGAAACCGAUCCAGUACGGCAAGGGGAAAUGGGACAUUGCCUUUGUAGCCUUCUACACCGUCGUCCUCUCCUUCACGCGCGAGUUCAUCAUGCAGGAGCUUCUUCGGCCGUGGGCCCGCGCCGCCGGCCUCAAGCGCAAUAAGCAAGCCCGCUUCAUGGAACAGGCCUACACGGCCGUCUACUUCUUGUUCCUCGGCCCCGCGGGCAUGUACGUCAUGUCCCGCACGCCGGUCUGGUACUUCAACACGCGCGGCAUGUACGAGUCCUUCCCGCACAAGACGCACGAGGCCCCCGUCAAGUUCUACUAUCUCUUCCAGGCCGCCUACUGGGCCCAGCAGGCCAUUGUCCUCCUCCUCGGCAUGGAGAAGCCGCGCAAGGACUUCAAGGAGCUCGUCGGCCACCACAUUGUCAGUCUUGCGCUCAUCGGCCUAUCCUACCGCUUCCACUUCACGUACAUGGGCAUCGCCGUCUACACCACCCACGACAUCAGCGACUUCUUCCUCGCCACCUCCAAGGUCCUCAACUACCUGGACCAUCCGCUCGUCGGCCCCUACUUCUUCGUCUUUGUCUGCGUAUGGGUCUACCUCCGCCACGUCAUCAACCUCAAGAUCCUCUGGUCUCUCUUCACCGAGUUCCGCACCGUUGGUCCCUUUGAACUCAACUGGGCGACGGAGCAGUACAAGUGCUGGCUCUCGCAGUACAUCACCACCGGUCUGCUUGCCUCUCUGCAGGCCCUCAAUCUCUUUUGGCUAUUCUACAUCAUCCGCAUUGCCUACCGCUUCAUCCGGGAUAGUACCGCGGAUGACGACCGCUCCGAAGACGAAGACGAGGGUGACGAGUCGGAGCCUGUGCGCGAGAAACCUGUUCCUACAUUGGAAAUCAACGGCAAAGCUAUCAAUGGCAAUUCUCACUAA